AUGAACGUUUUAAGAACCUCCUUCACCAGGGGAUUAGUCCGCUCCGUGACUAGAGUGCCGCUCACCAAACCACAAUCCGUUGCAUUUGCCUCUACCCAGAAGGACGAACCAAAGUCCAUCUUGACCGAUGAUUUGUUGGCCAAGGCGGGUGUUGAGACCGAAAACACCAAGUCGGCUGAUGAAGCUAACUCCAACCGGAGGUACCGUAAGACCGCUUCAGACGAAAAGAGAGAAAAGAACUUCAACAGAGGCUGGAUCGUGGCCCUUGCCGCCUCCUUGGCCGGUGCCGGGUACCUGACCCGUAACUGGGACAGUGACGAGGAGCAGGCUGCUGUUGACGGCAAGUCUGUUGACAACGGCUACACCCCACAGUUGAUGUAUGCGCGUUUGAAUAAGCGUUUUAAUUCGUUGUUCAUCAGCACCUUCGAAGAGCCAGCGUACCCAGACUUGUUGCCACCACCGCCUCCUGAGCCAUACAGAAGACCACUUACCUUGGUCUUGAACUUGGAAGACUUGCUUAUCCACAGUGAAUGGUCCACCAAGAGUGGCUGGAGAACCGCGAAGAGACCAGGCUUGGACUACUUCUUGGCCUACUUGUCCUCUUACUACGAGAUUGUUGUGUUCUCUAACCACCCAAUGGCUUUCUCCGAAAGGACCGUUGCCAAGUUGGAUCCAUACCAUGCCUUCAUCUCCUACCCGUUGUUCCGCGAACAUGCCCGUUCCAAAGACGGCAAGAUCGUCAAGGACUUGUCUUACAUGAACAGACCAUUAGAGAAAUUGUUGUUGAUCGAUGUUAACGAGGAUGCAACGUUGUUGCAGCCAGAAAACUCCAUCGUUUUGGCGCCUUGGGACGGCCAGAAAGACGACGUCUUGAUCAAGAUGAUUCCGUUCUUGGAAUACUUGGCCACCCAGCCAGUCAAGGACAUCCGGCCGAUCCUUAACUCGUACCCAGACAAAUCCCAGAUUGCCACCGAGUUUGCCAGAAGAGAGUCCAUCUUGAGAGCCAACUUCGAGAAAGAGAACAAGAACAAGGGCAACAGUGGGUUCAGUUUGUUGGGUGUCCAGUCCAGCAAGGGCUCUAAGUUCCCAUUGGAUGUCAUCAGGGAACAAGGCCAGAUGCAGUACGAAAGCUUCAUGAAGUACUUGAGAGAAAACGGUGACAAGUUGUUGGAAGAAGAGAAGAAGAUGAUGGAGCAGCAGAAGAUGUCUCUCGGUAGCAUGUUAUCCGGUGAACAGCCAACUGUCCCUGUUCAGGAGAAGUAG